AGACUAUCUUCCACGUCCAAACUCGUACCGGCAUUCAAGUAUUUCCGCAAAUAUUCGACCUGCGUUCAUUGUACUACAUUGUAGCAAAGCAUGUGCCGACCACCAGCAUAACAACAAAGACUUGAAAAACCUGCCAUCCAAAAUUCACUUUUUGCCUCUUGCCCUUCUAAAAUGAGUAAAUGUUGAUGACAAAACCUAUCGCAUAUAGUUACCACGCAUGCUUCACCACCAUGACUCACGACCAUCUGCAACGACCUGCAUGCACGAGAUCGAGGACUCACAACCUACCUCUCCCUCCAACCAACCGCAUCACAAAACAACAAUACCAAACCCCAUCGGCCACCCCGAUCAAAUUACAGACCAAUUCUUAACUAACCAUGACCUCGAAACCUCAAAGAAUCGUUCAUUCGUUGUCCCUCUAACCACCUCAAAACAGCAACCAAAGAGUCACGGUACAGGCAAAGCCGUACAACACCCCAACCCACCUCAACCCCUGCAGCCGACGGCCUCCCCUCCCUCCCUCCCACGCCUCCCUCCCGACUCGCCGGGUCGCUCGCUCGCUCGCUCGCCUGCCUUUGCCUUUACCUUGUGCAACUCCAACAUUCGCCUUUCUCGCAUUCACCCUCGCAUUUGACGAUUUCGCGAAGGGGGAAACGGACGGAGGGGGACGGUCCGCAACACGAGACGAGCCCAUCCCAUGACUGUUUAGGUAGGUCGAGCUAACUAGCUAUGGCUUGAGGGUCUGUCUUGAGGUUUGGAAUCCAAUCCAAUCCAUACCUAGGCUAGGUAUUGUAUCUACAUACGACGUCCGACCCCUUCAU